CCGCUGGGAAAACAAACACACUUCCGCAAAACGACUCUCUAAAUUCCUAGCUUUUCCCGCGAAUCGAUUUACUUAUAAACCUUUAAUCAGACCUAAUCCGCCAUGGAGUUACUCGAUCCUGACCUCCACAGCAUCGACGAGGUGUAUGCACAAUUUCAAGUGUAUAAAAAACGCCGUGAGCGCGAGCAGCAAGAGCUGGACCACAAGAUAAAGACCAGGUUUAAUCUGGAUGACGAUCUGAAGAGGCUCAACUCCAGCCUAGAAACAAUGGAGGCGGGGUUGCUGGAGCUUGAGUCGAGGCAGUCGCGUCAAAGGAAAAGAACGCCACAAUCUAGCUUGGAUGUCAUUGAGCCUGCUCCACCGGGUGAAGCCGGUUCAGCUCGACUGGAAGAAGAUCCCGAGCCGAAACCGCUGCUGAUAAAAUGCGGCGUGAGCAAGUGCCUCUUUGAGAGUUGCCAAAGGCGUGUGGACAGCCAGCUGCUUUUGCUGCACUACCUCUGCGAUCACGACCACAAGGAUGCUUCCUUCCAGCGCUGUCUGCCGCUGCUGGAGGGCGAACGGGUUGUGCUUUCUCUCCAGCCGAAGACCUGUCAGUUUCGGGUCAACCAGGUGUUGGGUCUACUGGCUUACGGCGGGGAGAUAGAGCACCCGUUUGCGAUGUCUCGGAGACCACGAGAGAUCUACAACAGCUUCCUGCCGAGGCAGCAUUCGCACCUGGAAGCUCACAUCCCAUUGGUGGUGUUAAUCUGCCGCACAGCGACUCAUGCGGCUCUUAAGAACAAGGCACCGAAAGAAUAUAUGCGGUCACCAGAUAGCCAGAAGCAAGAUGUGUUUGUCUUCUGGCUGGUCACACCCAGUGACCGGCUGCAGUUGAACGCCACGCUCUGUCUGUGCGGAAGAGAUGCUGCUGAAAGGGUCGGCACCGUGGUGCGUGUUCGACAGAUAAUUCACAGCCAGGACACGGAGCAAUUCAUGCGCGUUGACAAAGACUACUGGCGUCUAACGUAUGCCGAAGUUGAGAAACUUUCAAACAACUUUCGGGACGAGCUGCAGCUGGAGGUUUCUCUCACAGAGGCACCGGCUUCAUAGAGUCUUCCUACUCACACUUGCGUUGUCCUGCAGCGCCUUGCAUUUGGUUUGCUCUGCCGGAUCGGUCAGCUCCGCGAUGCGUUUGUCCAGCAACUGAGCAGCAAAUAGGGAAAAUGAAAGUGACAGUAAAUUGCAUAAUGCCUG